UCUUCUGAUUGUUUGAAAGGUCAGUCAGAUUAAGAUCCGUCAGAAGAUGAGCAAAUCAGAAAAACCUCUGUCAACACUAUGGGGCUGUGAACUAAAUGAGUCAAACCAGCAAGAGUCUUUCAAGACUGAUGACACAAAUCAUCAGCACCAGCUUGCAUUAAGAACUAUGUGCUUGGGCUACAAUGCAAAAGAUGAGUUUAACAUUGUUGAAUUGGUCACUGUGGAGGAUGACAAUGCCAAAGGUGUGCCUAUUGCAACUCUACAUGCCAAGUCAAUGCCUACAGUCAACUUGUCUGGCUUAGACUUGCACCCGCCUGUGACCUUUCGGCUCAAACAUGGCUCAGGCCCUGUAUUUGUUGGGGCAGAACAUGUAGCCUUGGAAGACUAUUCGGAUGAAGAAAUGGAGGAUGAGAUGGAGGAGGAGGUAGAGGAAGAGGAAGAAGAUAUUGAAGAGUCACCUGUGAAGAAAGUUACAAAAAAUGGUGCUGGCAAAAGAAAGAAGCCAGAAAAAGGGGAAGAUGAGGGUGAUGCUUCAGAAGGUGAAAAUAAUCCCCCUAAAAAGGGAAAAGGAAGGGGUAGAAAGCCAUUGGCUGCAAAGGUUUGACCAAGCACAAGUGAAAAGCUUUAACAGGACUGUUUCAAUACUAGUUAAUUCGUAGCACCAUAGUCUGUAGCACGCUUUAUUUACACUGCAGUUGUAAAAAAAAAAAAAAAAGGCCUUUUGGUGUGCACACUUUGAAAUGCUUAUGCUUGUCUUGCACUGCAACUAAAUACUGGCUUUUAGUAAUAAAAUUGCAAAAGAAAUGUU